CUAUCCCCUCUUCUUGUUGUAUCCGAUUCGAGAUUCCUCCACUUUCUCCGUCCCCUCUCUCUCUCUCUCUCUCUCUCUCUCUCUCAUUCAUUCAUCCGCAUAUUCAUUCUCUUCCCCUUCUUAUCAUAUAAUCGGCGAACGAGGAAGGAAUGCGAUCGCGUUUUGGCAUCAAAUUGAAUUGAAUUUAGACUUGAAAUGAGAUGAAAUUCGGCAAGGAGUUUCGGAUCCACCUGGAAGAAACCCUACCCGAGUGGAGGGACAAGUUCCUGUGCUACAAGCCCUUGAAGAAGCUCCUCAAGCACCACUUCCCCGCCUCCGACGUCGAUGUCCACGAUUCCCUCCUCCCCAACCCCAACCCCCCUCUGCCGCCGCUGCUCCAACUCCAGGACUGGUUCGUCAAGAUUCUCACCGAAGAACUCGAAAAGUUCAACGAUUUCUAUGUCGACAAGGAGGAAGAAUUCGUCAUCCGCCUUCAGGAGUUGAAGCAAAGAAUUGAGCAAGUUAAACAAAAGACUAGCAAGAGUGGAGAGCUCACGUCAGAGGCUGAAUUCAGCGUAGAGAUGAUGGACAUCCGCAAGGAAUUUGUCACCAUUCAUGGAGAGAUGGUGCUUCUCAAAAACUAUAGCUCCCUCAAUUUUGCAGGAUUAGUUAAAAUUUUGAAGAAGUAUGACAAGAGAACAGGGGGAUUGCUGCAGCUACAUUUUACACAACUCGCCCUUGAACAGCCCUUCUUCACAACAGAACCUCUCACUAGGCUAGUCCGAGAGUGCGAAGCUAAACUUGAGCUCCUUUUCCCAUUGGAAGCAGAAGUCGUUGAAUCUCCCACCGAUGAGCAAGAUCAGACAAACGUUUCGAACCCAACGCCUAAUGAGGAUACGGUAAAUAUCCCUGCAGAUAAGCCACCAUCACUUGGCGAAGAAAGGGGAGACGUAUACAGGAGCACCCUUGCUGCAAUGAGAACCAUACAGGGCCUUAGAAGGGCGAGCUCCACAUCUAACCCCUUGUCAUUUGGGUGUAUUUUUGGGAGCCAGGAUAAUGGAAAUACCGGCGACGUCACGGCCGAAAAUUCACCUUGCGACUCUGUGGCCGGCUUGAAGAAUAAUCAAUAAUGGGCAGGAGGCAAAACUUGGUAACGCCCAUUGCCCCCUGUAGAACUUCCUCCCGUAUGGAUCUUGUGACUGGCCAUUAGUGAUGUAAUAAGCUUUUCAUGGUAGAUUGAUUUUAUGAGUCGUGGUUUUUUCUGAUUCAUUUUGUCACAUUAAUUCAUUACCUUCAGCUAAUGUCUCUGCUUUCGUUGCUUCUUA